GUCACGGUCAGAAUCAGGUACGUCUCAUUUUCCGGUCUUUUCCACCGGGUCACCUGCUGGACCUGCUCAAGAGCACCAGAGCAGCGAUCGUUGUUUGUAAGACAUCUGUGUGCUGACGAUGCUGAAGAUAUCCAUUUUGAAGGUUGAGGACCCGUCCUGCCUCUGGGGUCGGGUUGUCUGCGGUGACACAGAGACCACGAAACAGUACGACAACCUUCUGAAUCAGAUGAACCUCUUCUACCAUGAUGUCACUCAGGACCUGCGGAGGCUGCAGCCUACAUCGUUGCAGGAGGGAGAGGUGUGUGUGGUGUACUGGUCAGCGAUGAAGUGGUGGUGUCGGGCUGUGGUGGAGUCGGUCUUUAUGGACUUGCCGUCCUGUCAGGCUCAUUGCCUCCUGGUGGACCACGGAGAACGACUUGUUGUCCCAUCAGACCGGAUCCGAAUCGCUGUGCCACAUUUCCUCCAGUUGCCCUUCUGGGUGAGGAGGUUCCACCUGGCGGGUAUCAAACCCAUGACCCUGGAAGUUAAUGUCCUUGAGGAGAAUGCAAAGCUCAUUCCGUCCAGUCAGUGGGACAGCUCUGCCACGCUCUACCUGCACAACCUGCUGCAAGUGUCGACUCAGACGGAGGCCGUGUUGCUUGAAUCGGUGUCAGACUCCACCUCCAUUGAGCUCUACCUGACCGUAGGUGGCAUCAAGAUCUGUGUGAACGACGAUCUGGUGGCCAAGAAGUUUGCAGUUUACAUCGGAGAGUCAGCAGAUGGUGGCGGGCUGGAUGAGCUGGACCAAGUUCCUGUCAUGCUGUCCUCCAACAUCUUAACUCAGACUGUCUACACGACCUCAAACAAGCUGGCAGCGCAAACACAGCCACCUCCUGUGAUGUCACAAGGUUUGGCUGCAGCCGGAGCAGGUGAUUGGCUGACGGCCCCCUUUACAACCCAGAGGCCACAACAUGAGCUGAGGACCUCCGAGGAAGGCGGCAGGUCAAAGGUCACAGAUGAGCGACUGCCUCCAGGCAGCCAAUCAAAGAGGGGCUCAGAUACUGCAGUUGCAGAGAGUGAUUCAUCAGAGGACACAGACUCUUCUCUGGCUGCAGCUCUGACCAAAAACCUCAGUCUGUACAGGUUCCUCAAGUUUCUGAAUCCGAGCAGCAGCGACCAGCAGGCGGCUGCACAGAACACGUACACCACAGGAAGUGUUUCUCAAGGAGAGGCCGAGCUUUUAAGAGCUGGUGCUCUGGUCAGUCAGCAAGAAGAGUUGAAAUACAUUCAACCUGAAGAGACAGCUGAUGCCUCCAGCACCUGCAUGGGACAGGAAGUUGGAAAAAGUGGAACUGAAUGGCUCGGUGAGAGCAGUCAGGUUGAAUAUCCGACUGAUGGUGAAACAAGCAGUUCAUGUGAAUCAGCAGAGUGGAGACCAGCAGAAGUGGAGAAGGUGUGCAGGAGUAAAGCGGACCGGGUGUGUUUACGCCUUUUGGACUGGUUGAACCCGGAGCCUCUGAACCCUAAACCACAUGCUGCAGAAGAUUGGGUUGUCCCCAGUGAUCCCAGGAGAAGUGGGAUUCUGGUGCACUCUUCCAUCCCAGUGGAGCCCUGCACCAGCCUGGAUGAUGCCCCCAUCACUGAUACUCUCCGCUGGAUGCUGCGGAGGAAGCAGUACCUCGCUCUGUCUCCAGCUGAGUGUUACAGCUGGCCAGCUGUCGCUCGAGGAUGCAACACCGUCAUCAUCUCCCACAACGCUGACCAGCCGCUCAGCUACCUCGUACCGCUCGUCACCCACAUCCUGCUCAACUCCAUCUACGCCUCCCGCACCUCCAGCACAGGGCCCAUCGCAGUGCUGCUGUGUCCAGGCUGGGAGAAGAUCCAGGCAGUGUAUGACCUGCUGGAGGAGAUGAGGGUCAUUCAAAGCCUCCACCCUGUCAUCGUGCUGCUGGGCAUCGGCAAAGACGAGCCCAAGGCUGUCAGGAUCCCUAAAAACUGCCUGCUGUUAGUGACCACUCCCUUCAGUUUGGUCCGUCUGCUCUCCUCCCACUGCUUCCUGUUCCUGCGUUUGUACCACCUGGUGCUGGACGAGGCCGACCAGCUCUUCACUCUCGCUCCAGACCAGAUGGCGACCAUCCUGCAGCAUUUCCAGAAGAUUACCUUGAGUGAGGAGAAGGGAUCCUGUUCUCAGCAGCUGGUCGCUGUGGCCAAAAGAUGGACCAGUCACAUGGAGAGUUUGGUAGCCAAUCACAUGCCAUACCCCUGCAUUGUCACGACUGUCCUUGAGGAAGCUGCUCUCUAUGGUAAUGUCCAGCAGAUCAUCCUGGUGACUCUGGAGAGCAGUAAGAUCUCAGUGCUGUUGGGUGCUCUGGAUUUUAACCCUGAUGUCAGCCAGAAGACUCUGAUCAUAGCCAACUCUGCUCAGGAGGUGGAGGAUGUGUUCAAGGCUGUGAGCAAUCGAAUAGCAUUCUGCCUCAAGACCCACGAGGGGUUAACUCACCAGUUUGACUUUGUCGUCCAGCAGUGGAGGAAAGUCAUCGGCCCCAGAACUCAUAUUAUUCUGGUGACCACCAACGAGUGUCUUAAGUGUCUAGGAAUCAGCGAUGCGACUUGUGUGGUCCACUACGACUUCCCCACUUCCCCCAAAGUAUUCGGCAGCAGACUCUUCUGCAUGGCCGACAACUUCAGGAACCUCUCAGGACGGGUGUCCUCCCAAAAUCAAAUGGAGAACCGCCCUCCAGUCACCCGGUCUAUGCUGCUGAUCUCUGAGAGGAACGCCCGUCAUGUCGUUGGGGUUCUGCGUUACCUGGGGCGAACCAACGCCCCGCUGCCCCCUGAGCUGCUGUCCUUCGCCCAGAGUGUCCAUCUCGUCCGGGAGGACCAGAAGACCGACAGGCCUCUCUGCAGCUACCUGAAGAGCUUUGGAGUGUGCAGAGACAGCAGUGUGUGUCCCGACCGGCACACAUUCAUUUCCCACCUGGAUCAGUCUGUGCUUCCUGCCGCAGGAGUUAUAGAGGUUGUGCCUCUCCACAUUAAGACUGCAUCAGUGUUCUACGGUCAAAUUGUCCAGAAGGAGGAUGGCAGUUUCCAGAGCAUGGCGUCUGAGAUGACUUCUUAUUAUGCUGAAAAGAAAUCUGGAGCCACGGAGUUGCUGGAGGGAGGCUUAUAUGCCGUGCAGGAGAAUGAGCUCUUCCACAGGGUGAAGCUCUUGUCCGUUCCAGACAGAGGUGACCGGCUGUUUUUCAGCGUCUUUGCUCGGUUUAUUGAUAUUGGAAAGGAGGAGGAGGUCAAAUCCCAUCAGAUCCUUCAGCUCCCGGAGCAGUUUCACUCUCUACCCGACCAGGCCGUGGAGAUCAUCGUCUGCAGGGUCAAACCCACCGACGCCGAGACCAACUGGCACCCCAAGGUCACCAGAGCGAUCAGCCAGAAGAUCCGAGGUCUGCAGCACCGAGCCAGAGCCGUCUUCAGUCUGGGAAACACUGUGUUUGUUGACCCCAUGGUCCGUGUGACGCAGGUGCCAGGUAUGAAAACUGUGAUCAAUGAAUAUAAUGUGCAGUCGGAGAUCCUGAACACUGGGAUGGCAGUCAGCAACCCGGAGCAUCUGGAGCUGCUGGGGGCGUUCUGCCAGGAGAGCAAGACCGGCAGCAGUAAGGAGGCGGGUCACCUGUCUGGGUUGGAGGACGGUCCGGCGUCUCUUGAGGUCCGGAUCAAGGCUGAGGAGGAAGUUCUGGCAGAAGCCUUCAGAGCAGCAGAGGUCAGUCAGCUUGCUGGCCUUCCUCAACUCGAACCAUGUGAGCCACUUUGUCCAACAUCUUCAGAGAUCCAGUCGCUCGUCCCAGCACCACCAGUGGCUGAACACCACCUGGUGCUGGUGUGUGAGGAGAAAUCGCUGCUGGCUGACCGAGCAGGUGCAGCACAGAGAGACGGCCACACUACUGAUCUGAAGUCAGCUGAGAUGAUGAUGAUGAUGAUGAGGAACGGAGACGGAAGUGAAGUUUGGGCUGCUGCUCACAACCCCUGUGAAAAUGGUGAUCCUGCAGGUGAUGAACAAGGCGACCCGCAGCAGCUCCACAGCACUGAGACAGACAGCGAAAUCUCCACCAAAAGUUUCCACCCUCAGGUCCGCUGGCACCAGACGUCCGACUCUGUGAUCCUAACAGUGAAGCUGAUGAGCCCAGAGAGCCAGCGCUGUGAUUUCUACCCUGACAGAGUCGUUUACAGUGGCAGAGUGAACGGACAGAUCUACAGAGCCGACCUGGAGCUUCAAGCCGACAUCGCUGCUGACCGCUGCUGCUGGGAAAUGAAGUCCAAUGAGCCGGUUCUCAAACUGGUCAAACAGCAGCAGGGACGCUGGGAAAGACUCCUCAGGAACAAGAAUAUUUUUGUAAGUUACAACAUGAACUACUUUGACGAGGAUGAAGACAGAAUCCCAAAUGGUCUGAGCUUCGUGGAGGACACAGGAGAGGAUAACUGCUAUGUGAAUGCAGAGAGUGACAGUGAGAGCGACUAAAGAUUACUCAGAUUAUAGUUGGAUAAACCUGAAGAAGCCUCUUAAUGAGAAGUGAAACAUCCUCAAGAAACUGAAACAAGCCCAGUUACCAACGAUACAGCACCUAGAAAUAUGUUUAGGAAGCGUAAAUGGAUGACGAUAAUGACGAUGAUUAUAACAAUGAUGAUAAUGCAUAGAUACACCAGUUAAUGUGGAAAUGUGUUGUGAUUAAGUUUGUAGUAGAGACUUAAAAGAGGUAUUAUUUUAAGAUGCAGUUUUUAAUUUAGUCGUUUUAAUUAAAGGUACAUUUCACCUGUG